AUGGCGUGUGACCGGUACGUGGCCAUCUGCCAGCCACUUCGCUACUCAGAGCUCAUGAGCUGGCAGAUGUGCAUGUGGAUGGCAGCGGGGACCUGGGGGGCAGGCUUUGCCAACUCCCUUCUCCAAUCCAAUCUCACCUGGAGCCUCCCCUUCUGUGGCCACAAUGUCAUCAACCACUUCUUCUGUGAGAUCUUGGCAGUGCUGAAACUAGCCUGUGGGGACAUCUCUCUCAAUGCACUGCUAAUAAUGGCGGCUUCAGCUGUCCUGACGCUGGCCCCACUGCUGCUCAUCUUCCUGUCCUACGUGUUCAUCCUCACUGCCAUCCUGAGGGUGCCCUCUGUUGCUGGCCGGCACAAAGCCUUCUCUACCUGCUCUGCCCACCUCACAGUGGUGGUGAUUUUCUAUGGGACCAUCUCCUUCAUGUACUUCAAGCCCAGAGCCAAGGACCUCAACCUGGAUAAGCUUCCUGCAUUGUUCUACGGGGUCGUGAGCCCCUCACUGAACCCCAUCAUCUACAGCCUGAGGAACGCAGAGGUGAAAGCUGCUGCCAUAGCUCUGCUGAGGGGAGAUCUCCUCUCCAGGAAGAUGUCCCGCUUUCCGGUUGUUCUCUAA